AAACUAAUUUAAAAGAAGUUGAAAAUUACUUUUUCACAAAUCAAGGGUGUAAUGACAGAUUAGAUACAUUAAAUACAGAUGAUAUUAUUGAAGAGUGCGAUGAAGAGACAAAGAGUAGUGUCAGUGAUAUUUCAAUAGCAAUCUAUGAGCCGAAUGAAACUAAUUAUCAACAAGAGGAGGAGAAUCCGCCCAGGAAAAAAAG